GAAACGGAAGAGUUGCCGUGACUGUCGACUUCCUGUUCCUAAGGGCGGGGGGGUGGGGGGCAGCUACUCAGUGCGAUUGUGUGGGGCGGCCUGGGGCGGCCUGGGGCAGCCCGGCAGCGGCUGAGCCUGUGCCUGUGGGGACGGGAGUCGCAAGGCGGCCGCCAUGGCGGUGUCGGAAAGCCAGCUCAAGAAAAUGGUGUCCAAGUACAAAUACAGAGACCUAACUGUACGUGAAACUGUCAGUGUUAUUACUGUAUACAAAGAUCUCAAACCUCUAUUGGAUUCAUAUGUUUUUAAUGACGGCAGUUCUAGGGAGCUAAUGAACCUCACUGGAACAAUUCCUGUGCCUUAUAGAGGUAAUACAUACAACAUUCCAAUAUGCUUGUGGCUACUGGACACGUAUCCAUACAAUCCCCCUAUCUGUUUUGUUAAGCCUACUAGUUCAAUGACUAUUAAAACAGGAAAACAUGUUGAUGCAAAUGGGAAAAUAUAUCUUCCUUAUCUACAUGAAUGGAAACACCCACAGUCAGACUUGUUGGGGCUUAUUCACGUUAUGAUUGUGGUGUUUGGAGAUGAACCUCCAGUCUUCUCUCGUCCAACUACUUCAGCAUCCUAUCCACCAUACCAGCCAACAGGGCCACCAAAUACUUCUUACAUGCCAGGUAUGUCAAGUGGAAUCUCUGCAUACCCAUCUGGAUACCCUCCUAAUCCCAGUGCUUACCCGGGCUGCCCUUACCCACCAGGUGGUCAGUUUCCUGCCACAACAAGUUCCCAGUACCCUUCUCAGCCUCCUGUGACCACUGUUGGUCCCAGUAGGGAUGGAACAAUCAGUGAGGACACCAUCCGAGCCUCCCUCAUCUCUGCAGUCAGUGACAAACUGAGAUGGCGGAUGAAGGAGGAAAUGGACCGUGCCCAGGCAGAGCUCAAUGCCUUGAAGCGAACAGAAGAAGACCUGAAGAAAGGUCACCAGAAACUGGAAGAGAUGGUUACUCGUUUAGAUCAAGAAGUAGCUGAAGUUGAUAAAAACAUUGAACUUUUGAAAAAGAAGGACGAAGAACUCAGUUCUGCUCUGGAGAAGAUGGAAAACCAGUCUGAAAACAAUGAUAUUGAUGAAGUUAUCAUUCCCACAGCCCCACUGUACAAACAGAUCCUUAACUUGUAUGCAGAGGAAAAUGCUAUUGAAGACACUAUCUUUUACCUGGGAGAAGCCUUGAGGCGGGGAGUCAUAGAUCUGGAUGUCUUCCUGAAGCAUGUGCGUCUUCUGUCCCGUAAACAGUUCCAGCUGAGAGCACUAAUGCAAAAAGCAAGAAAGACUGCCGGUCUCAGUGACCUCUACUGACAACUCUGAUAUCCGUUGGAGAUUGAGCUCUUCUUAAAGUAUUCUUUUCUUUUCUUUUCUCUUAUCAGUAGGUACCCAGAAUAAGUUAUUGCAGUAUAUCAUUCAAGUGUAAAAUAUUUUGAAUCAAUAAUAUAUUUUCUGUUUUCUUUUGGUAAAGACCGGCUUUUAUUAAUGCACUUUCUAUUCUCUGUACUCUUUUUGUGCUGAAUGUUGGGACUGACUAAGCUAAAUAAAAUUUGUUGCAUA